AUGGCAGAUUAUACCAAUCUCCAGGAAAGAGCAUCGGUUCCAUGGAGUAAAAGAACAUGGAAUCCACUUAAUAAAAGAGCAUGGGUUCCACUAAGUAAAAGAGCAUGGGUUCCACUAAGUAAAAGAGCAUGGGUUCCACUAAGUAAAAGAGCAUGGGUUCCACUUAGUAAAAGAGCAUGGGUCCCACUUGGUAAAAGAGCAUGGAAUCCACUUAGUAAAAGAGCAUGGGUUCCACUGAGUAAAAGAGCAUGGAUUCAACUGAGUAAAAGAGCAUGGAUUCAACUGAGUAAAAGAGCAUGGGUUCAACUGAGUAAAAGAGCAUGGGUUCCACUGAGUAAAAGAGCAUGGGUUCCACUGAGUAAAAGAGCAUGGAUUCAACUGAGUAAAAGAGCAUGGGUUCCACUGAGUAAAAGAGCAUGGGUUCCACUGAGUAAAAGAGCAUGGGUUCCACUGAGUAAAAGAGCAUGGGUUCCAGAGUGA